AUGGAGUUGAUGUCUCUUGAACAGAAUAUGUUCCCUAACAGUGAUGAUUGCAACAAUGAUUCAGCCAAUCAAGAUAGUGCACCUGCUAUCCAUGUAGAUGAUGUACAACGUAUGGAAGCUCGUCUUUUAAAGUUGUUGGAUGAAUUUAACGCUGGGAAAUCAUCGUUUGGUCCAAAUUGUCCUUAUGAAAAACUUGACUCAAUACGAAAUCAGCAAGAAGAACUUAUGCGAUUGCAUUUUGAGCAAGAUAGGAAAAUGAUGUCGAUCCUCGAAACAGGCUCAACUCUCGCGCGGCGUCCUGUUAGAGCACUUUUAACGGAUGAAGGUCGGAAGACUACAAAGGCAAAUAUUGAUGCACUAGUCACACGACUGGAGUCUCUAAGUUAUGCAAUAAUCAAUAUGUAGAUUGUAUAUUAGUUUCAUUGUUUUGUCUCAUGUGAUUUCGUUUCAUCGAGUUAUUCAUAUUUGUUUUCUCGAAAUUCCAAGUCCUGAACUACUUGAGUGGCAGAGUUUAAAUACAAUUCCCUCUUGACUUACUGAGGCUGACUGCCUCCGUUUGUUCAAUGUUUUUCAUACAACAGACAAUGUGGUGGCCACUUAAUCUCAGAGAAUGCAUUAAAUUUGUUUUACAGGCUUGUACCACGAAUACGUAAUAAUUGUUGUUGUUUAUCUCCAGUAUAGAGUUGGUCUCAUUGAUAAACACAAUUUGGCAUAUCUUUGAAAUAAAUUGCAACAAAGUGCAUCUUAGGCUUACAUCUAGCCUACAAGUAUGGCUCCUGAUGAAACUACUAUUGAGUAAGAAAGAUUAGUGGUAAACUCUUAACACUGGGGGUAUGGACGAUGGAAAUGCUAAUUUAAGAAGAAGCUCUGCAACCACGCAUAGUUACCUUUCGCUUGUUAGUAUCUUAUAUGAUAAUAAUAAGUAUUUGAAUUAUAGUACGAACU